UUUGGCUUUAUGAGUGUUGUUCAAGAGUUCCAUCGUAUCUCGCUCUUAAAUCCGGAAAUUCCAUUCCACGAAUGUCGAAUUGGAGGUUCAUUGACAGUCAGCCAAAAUACAAUAUUUUGAUGGAAGGCAUUUUUAGAGACGACAAACAUUCGGUAAUAUUCGAACACUCUAACUUAUUUUUAUGUUUUUCAUAGCAUUUUAUUUUGCAAUUAUGCCUUACUGAUUUUAUUUGUACUCCACUGAUCUACUUGUCGUAUUUUUGCUUUCUGGUGGUUUUUUUCCUGAUUUUUUGCAUUUCAUUAUAUUUCUGUGUAUUUCCUUUAUCACAAUGUAACUAUUUUGGGUUGUACAUUUCAUAAUAUUUCCCUGUAUUUCAUUAUUCAUAAUGUAAGUGUGACUAUUUUUAUAACACACUAAGCUGUUAUUUAUUUGUUUCUUCCUCAGAGCUGUACAUUUGCAAAUACAAUCCCCACUAGCAAAGGAGUUAGAGAGCCUCCAAUUGCCCGAUGUUGUUGUCUGUCGAGAUACAGUAGACAAAAAUGUCUCAGUUGAUGCCCAUGAAGGUACCCAAGUCACAGAUAUGCCAGUGGAUGAGUAUGAUGAUUUCAGAACUACUCCCCCCACCUUUCUAAGGGUAAACAAUAACAACGGACGAAUCAGACAGAUUCUCCACCUUCAAAGAGACGCAAACAACUUCCUGCAACAGCUUCCACAUCAAAGAAACAACAAAUCCACACCGAACCACAGACAGCUUUAAAGAAGAGUCACAAGGAUCAAAAGGUUGCUCAAAAGCCUAUUUUACAAGUCCGUUCACCAAAGUUGAAUGAACAAAUGAAUCGACCCCAAAACACCCCAAAUUUACGUCAUGUCCCUACUGCCUCUAUGAAAGAUGAAAUGCAAUUGCUAAGGAAAGAUUUUCAAGUUUUCAAGGAAUCAGUCGUUGGUGAGUUCACAAGUAUUGGCACUGAGUUGUCCAAUCUUCGAACUUUCAUGGAUGACAACUUCAAGAAGCUAUUUGAAGCAAUCAAGGGGAACAAUUCUGUGGACAAGGCGGCUGAUAGUGAGACGCCGGUACAUCAAACUGAUGCUGGGCUACAAUUAACGCCUGAAGAAAACUUACGUCAUGAUUCUACCAUUCAAACAUCUCCGCCGAAACAUGAUGAUGACUCAAAUAAGGUAAAAUGAGUUUGUGACGUGAAAUCCAUCUUUUAAAGUUAUGUUGUUGUGCAUUGCAUGCACAAAUGGUUGCCAUGUUCCAGUCUAUAAUUUUAAAGUUAUGUUUUCCUCGGUAUUUUCUAUUUUACAAACUUUUGUAUUUUAUGGCGUUUCGUUUGUAUUUCACUGAUAAACUUCUCUAUUUUUUUGUAUGUCACUGUAUUUCUAUGUAUUUCUACCCCCACAAAAUCAGUCUACUCCUGACUGUAUUUCUGUGUAUUUAGUAAUUUUCCACCCUUAUAUUUUUAUGUUAUGAUUUUGUUUUAAAUUUUGAUUUUUCCUUAUUCCAAAGGGUGUUGCACCAAUGUUACAUGAGGAAGUUCAGGAUAUUGUA